AUGUCUGUGGACAACGUCUUCGCAGCAUUUGCAAGCGGUCCACCUCCGCCUCAAAUUCCCCAAAGAACCGACCAUCCUGUAUCUCAUUCCAUGGUUGCACCACAAAAAAAGAAACUGCAGACAAACAAGUUUUAUGCCAAUUUCUUCUUGGGUUCUCAAUCUUCGACUACAUUCACCCAUCCCUACUCCAUAGCUUGGUCAAAGGGUUCCGGUGUGCUCAAAAGCUAUGGCCUGGCUGUCAGUCAUAUAGUGAGGUCACAACUAGCAUACGGCCCUGGAAAUCCGGCUCGAUAUUUCAUCAAUCCUAUUGGCAUACAGUCGAUUACACUUUCUGCUUCUGAGCUGAAUACCACGACUCAGCUCACAAUGGAUUCUCUGGAUGCUUUCUCUGCCAAUGUUAACCUUCUGCCACGUCCGGGUGCUGCUCCAGCUAUCACUUUUCCCUUGGUCCAAGGAAUGGCAUUCGUGACGGCUGUUUACAGCAGUAGUACACCACGUAUCGAGAGCGUGAUUUCUUUCACUAGUGUCACCUAUGUUGGGCGCAUGCCUUCUGGCUCGACCUACAAGUAUCAAGCAAAACUUGCCGACAGUACCUUGUGGAACAUUUAUGUCACAACCUCUCAACCUGGAUAUCCUGUCAACUCAUUUACUCUGACCAAUGUGCGAGUACUGCAAGGAGCUCCUAAAUUCCAAGGUUUUAUUCAAGUCGCCAAAGUGCCCUCUGCUGAUGCUGAGUCAGUCUACGACGAAGCAGCAGGCGCAUAUCCAGUUUCUGCAACGGUAGCCGGUUCUGUGGCAGGGACCACUGGAACGUACACGUUAACAUGGACCAAACAAGGCGUCGCUAACCGUACUUUACUUAUGUUUGCUCUGCCUCAUCACGUGCAAAGUCUUGCUUCUGGCUCUACGACCAAUGUCAAGCUCCAAACUACAACCAAGGGAAUGGCCACGGGUAUCGUAGGAAACUCAUGGACUCUGGUCGAGCGAGCUUUGCCAAUAGGCAUGAGCUUUGCUCCCUGGUCAGUCUCCUCGGGUGGAAACAGCAAGGUCUCAGCUGAAGCUGUUGGAUUGAUUAACAAAGCGGGUGAGAGUGAACUCAGUCAGGAUAUGGAGAAGCAGUCAGACCUCAACUCAAUGUACUAUUCUGGAAAAGCACUCGCCAAAUUUGCCGCUAUCGUCUAUGCAGUGCAUGACAUUGGUAAAAACGCAACUCUAUCCAUCAGCGGACUUCAGAAACUCAAGAUAGCUUUUAACACAUUCGUUCGCAACGAGCAGGUCCUUCCUCUUGUUUACGAAUCAUCCUGGGGUGGAGCCGUUUCUAGUGGUACUUAUCAAACUGGUGACUCAGGUCUCGAUUUUGGAAAUACGUACUACAACGAUCAUCAUUUCCAUUACGGAUACUUUGUCUAUGCGGCCGCUGUGAUCGGAUAUCUGGACCCCAGCUGGUUGGAUCAAGGCACGAACAAGGCAUGGGUCAACACACUGGUUCGAGACUACUCCAAUUCUGUGACUACAGAUGCAUACUUCCCUUUCUCUCGAUCGUUUGAUUGGUUCCACGGGCAUUCUUGGGCAAAAGGUCUGUUCGAAAGUGGUGAUGGCAAAGAUGAAGAAAGUUCUUCCGAGGACAACUUAUCCGUCUAUGCAAUCAAGAUGUGGGGACGCACGAUCGGAGACAAGGCAAUGGAGGCAAGAGGCAAUCUCAUGUUGGCCAUUGAAGCAAGAUCUAUGCAGAACUACUUCCUCUACACGUCGGAUAACAAAGUCCAGCCUCCAGAAUUCAUCGGCAACAAAGUCAGCGGAGUCCUCUUCGAGAACAAGAUAGACUACACGACCUAUUUCGGCAGUAACCCAGAGUACAUCCACGGUAUCCAUAUGAUACCCGCUGGCUUCCCUUUCAGUGCAUACGUACGCACACAAAAGUUUGUCACCGAAGAGUGGAAUGCCUUUUUCUCCAAUGGGCGUGCCAAUGUAGAUGGUGGUUGGAGAGGUAUCUUGUAUGCCAAUCUGGCAACUAUCCAGCCGGCAGCCAGUUAUGCGUUCUUCUCCGAUCCCAAAUUCAAUCCUGCUUACCUCGAUGGUGGAGCUAGUCAGACUUGGUAUUUGACAUACUCGGCAGCAAUGGGAGGAUCGCCAGCUAGUUCAGCAAAGAGAUCGGAGGCUGAAGGGCUUCUCGCAGAGGGAGGCUCAACCGAGGAACAGGUGACCGGGAAGGAAACGACCCAAGCUAUUCAUCGGCACAAAGGUCACAGGCAUGGACAUGCAAAGCUCUGA